AUGUCCUUCUGUAACAUCCAAGAAGUGGCUCUGGGUGACAGGGAGGCUGUAUAUGAGAAGGCAUCUGCCUUCGUUGCAGGACUGACUACUGAUCAGAAGCUGGCUUUGAUCACUGGUAGCAGUGUUAGUUCGUCCAAUGGUAACUUUAGUGUUCCGGAGUUUCUUGAUGGAGAUAUGAGUCUCCAAGAUUAUUUCUAUGUCUCUGCUUUCAGCUUGUCCUCCGCUCUAGCUAUGACCUGGGACCGCGACGCCAUCUAUGCUCAAGCCAAAAAGCUGUCGGGUCGGAGUGUCUACAGCAAAGGUAUUCAGGUGGUCGCUGGGCCAAUAGGUCGUACCCCUUGGGGUGGCCUCCAACGCUGCUAUGAAUGUCCAAGGUUCCGGGCCAACCUACCAAGGCCAUUUGGCAACCGGUACCGGCUCUAG